GAUAGCACAAGAUUGGACUUUCGGAUCCAUCACAUUUGUUUAGGAUUUUUUGGUUAGAGUUUCAUUUAGGUUUUAGUAUUUAUCGAAAUAAAAUGACAACAGAUUUUGGAGAUCCGUCAUUUUCAGGCGGUUUGGACUCAAAAGUUGGCGACAAAGACCUACAAGAAUUCUUAAUGGUAGAAAAACAGAAAGCCCAAUUUAAUGCUCAGAUUCAUGAAUUCAAUGACUUCUGUUGGGAAAAGUGUGUCGACAAACCUUCUAAUAAGCUGGAUAGCCGCACGGAGACUUGUUUAACAAAUUGUGUGGAUCGUUUUAUUGAUGUGUCUCUAUUAAUAACCAAUAGAUUUGCGCAAUUACUGCAAAAGAGCGGAGGCAUGUAACAUCGCAAAAACUGUUUAGUGUGAAAUUGAUUGAAGCUACUGUUAGUUUAAUAAAUGGUUUGUUAAAAUAUUUA